AUGAAGCAAAAAGAUACCGGUUCUGUAUACCAGAACCCAUUCGAUGAUGAUCAUGCAUCAUCCAUGAGCUAUGUCAACUCCGUUCAUGGUUCUCAAGAACGUCUUAUUCGCCCUGCAGAGACAGAAACUUCUACACCGCCCAGUAUUCCUGCCUCCAUUCUUACCCUACCGGAGCACGAACAGGAUCUUAUUCACCGUAUCCAUCAGCUAGGCCUUACUGAAUGUGGCUGGCAUCACGGCGGGAAAUCCGGCCGGUCCCUAAACCGAUUGGAGCGGGAUUUGAUUCAAAUUCCGUUUAGAAUCUCCCUCUCAAAUGAGCUUUCAGAAUUCGAACGCCUAGUUCUUCUCCGCCUUCAUACCAACGUCCCUGAUCACGGAAUCAACCCUUUGUCCCUCGCCAACCACGAACAAUGGGCAUUUAUCAGUACUGUUCGCAAGUGGCUUGCCGACCAAAAGCCUAAGCCCAAGCCAAUUCUCAAGCGAAUUCUUUCUAUGCGCAAGUAG